UAUAAAAUCACAACCCCCCUUGUCCUCUCUCACAAUCAAUCGAAAUUCGCGUCGAUCAAACUUCGAACACAAAAUAUUUCAACUUUCGCUUCUCUGUCGCUAGAUCUUCUGCAACCGUUAAUUGCUUGCUCACUUUCUUGUUCUGUUUUUAAUUUGAUCGUCAAUGGCUGAGGUGCACAUGGGAGACGCUGAAACCUUUGCUUUUCAAGCUGAGAUUAAUCAGCUCUUGAGCUUGAUCAUCAAUACUUUCUAUAGCAACAAAGAGAUCUUCCUUCGUGAGCUGAUAAGUAACGCCUCUGAUGCGUUGGAUAAAAUCCGAUUCGAAAGCUUAACUGACAAGAGCAAGCUAGAUGCUCAACCAGAGCUUUUUAUCAGGCUUGUUCCUGAUAAAGUCAACAAAACGCUCUCAAUUAUUGAUAGUGGCAUCGGCAUGACUAAAGCUGAUUUGGUGAACAAUCUGGGAACAAUUGCGAGGUCCGGGACCAAGGAGUUUAUGGAGGCGUUACAGGCGGGUGCUGAUGUGAGCAUGAUUGGGCAGUUUGGUGUUGGUUUCUACUCAGCAUAUUUAGUGGCUGAGAAGGUUAUUGUGACAACAAAACAUAAUGACGAUGAACAGUAUGUUUGGGAGUCUCAGGCUGGAGGGUCUUUCACUGUUACUAGGGAUGUUAACGGUGAACCACUGGGCAGAGGAACAAAGAUCACGCUCUUUCUCAAGGAGGAUCAGUUGGAGUACUUGGAGGAGAGGAGAUUGAAGGACCUCGUGAAGAAGCAUUCCGAGUUUAUUAGCUACCCCAUCUAUCUCUGGACUGAAAAGACUACUGAGAAAGAGGUUAGUGACGAUGAAGAUGAGGAAACCAAAAAGGAAGAGGAAGGGGAUGUGGAGGAAGUUGAUGAGGAGAAAGAGAAGAAGGGUAAGAAGAAGGUUAAGGAAGUGACCCAUGAGUGGCAAUUAAUCAACAAACAGAAACCAAUUUGGCUGCGAAAACCUGAGGAGAUUACCAAGGAAGAGUAUGCUGCCUUCUACAAGAGCCUCACUAAUGAUUGGGAAGAUCACCUUGCUGUGAAACACUUCUCUGUGGAAGGGCAGCUUGAGUUUAAGGCCAUUCUUUUUGUUCCUAGGAGAGCCCCAUUUGAUCUCUUUGACACAAGGAAGAAGAUGAACAACAUCAAGCUUUAUGUGAGGAGGGUGUUCAUCAUGGACAACUGUGAAGAGCUUAUUCCAGAGUAUCUCAGUUUUGUAAAGGGUGUUGUCGAUUCAGAUGAUCUGCCACUUAACAUUUCUCGUGAAACGUUGCAACAAAACAAGAUCCUCAAGGUGAUCAGGAAGAACUUAGUGAAAAAGUGCAUUGAGAUGUUCAACGAGAUAGCGGAGAACAAAGAAGAUUACAACAAAUUUUAUGACGCCUUCUCAAAGAAUCUGAAAUUGGGUAUUCAUGAAGACAGUCAGAACAGGGCAAAACUUGCUGACUUGCUCAGAUUCUACUCGACCAAGAGUGGUGACGAGAUGACCAGCCUGAAAGACUAUGUUACAAGGAUGAAGGAGGGCCAAAAGGAUAUCUACUACAUCAGUGGUGAGAGUAAGAAAGCUGUUGAGAACUCGCCCUUUCUGGAGAAGCUCAAGAAGAAGGGAUAUGAAGUGCUGUACAUGGUGGAUGCCAUCGAUGAGUAUGCCGUUGGUCAAUUGAAGGAGUAUGACGGUAAGAAGCUGGUCUCGGCCACCAAAGAAGGGCUAAAACUCGAUGAAGAUGAGGAAGAGAAGAAGAAAAAGGAGGAAAAGAAGAAGUCCUUCGAGAACCUGUGCAAGACAAUCAAGGAAAUUCUGGGAGACAGAGUAGAGAAGGUUGUGGUGUCUGAUAGGAUUGUUGACUCUCCAUGUUGCUUGGUCACUGGCGAAUAUGGUUGGACAGCUAACAUGGAGAGGAUUAUGAAAGCUCAGGCUUUGAGGGAUAACAGCAUGAGUGGCUACAUGUCAAGCAAAAAGACUAUGGAGAUUAAUCCUGAUAAUGGUAUAAUGGAGGAGCUUAGGAAGAGGGCUGAGGUUGAUAAGAACGACAAGUCAGUGAAGGAUCUCGUACUGCUGCUCUAUGAGACUGCCCUCUUGACCUCCGGUUUCAGUCUGGAUGAUCCCAACACUUUCGCAGCAAGGAUUCACAGGAUGCUUAAAUUGGGUCUCAGCAUAGAUGAGGAUGAGACUGCUGGUGAUGAUACAGAGAUGCCACCAUUGGAAGAGGAAGGAAAUGAGGAGAGCAAGAUGGAGGAAGUGGACUAAGAAGGAUAAGACAAACAGGACUACAGUGAACAUAACAUCAAAUACAG